AGAGAGGGAGAGAGGGACUGUGACACAGAGAGAGGGAGAGAGGGGAGAGAGGGAGUGGUGAGACAGAGACAGGCCUACACAGAGGAUCAUGGAAGCCUCCUUCAGGUUGCUGCGCUGGACUCUCCUCGUGUCGCUGCUCCAGGGUUGGAGCGAUGCGGACGUGAGUGUCCGAGGUGUGGUCGGCCGGGACGUGACCCUGACCUGCCAGUACGACUCGGUGUACUACGGCACGCUGGCCGUCUGCUGGGGCAAAGGUCAGAUCCCCAACAGCGGCUGUGGGGACGAGCUGAUCCGCUCGGACGGCGCGGUGGUGACGAGCCGAGCUUCGGAGCGCUACGUGCUGCGCGGGGACCUGAGGGCGGGCGACGUGUCGCUCACCAUCAGGCAGCUGGAGGAGGCCGACGCCGGGACGUACGGUUGCCGCGUCGACAUCCCCGGCUGGUUCAACGACCACAAGCACCACGCCACGCUGACCGUGGAGCCAGGACCUCCAGACCCUGUGAGGCUGCAGCUGAGAGAGAGGAGGAGCAGGUCUCUGUCGCUGUCCUGGACCGCUGGCUUCCAUGGAGGCAGCCCCCUCACUGGCUACACGCUGGAACACAAGAACAUCAUCGACUCCUGGACCUCGGCCUCCAGGACCAGCAUCAGCCCCCAGCUGACCCGAGCCAGCCUGUCUGACCUGCACCCCUUUACCACCUACAGCCUGCGCUUGUUCACUCUGAACACUGUGGGAGCCAGCCCGGCCAGCAACACCCUCACUGUCACCACCGGCGAGGAAGUUCCGGGUGGCCCCCCCCUGGACGUGCAGCUGGGAGCGCUGUCCUCCAGCACUCUGGAGAUCUUCUGGAGGCCUCCAAGAAAGGACCUCCAUUAUGGCAUGAUCCAGCGGUACAUCGUAGGCUACAAGAUCUACGAGGACUCGCCCUCCUCCUCCCAGCCCUGGAGCAGCCAGGCCGUGUCCUACACAGGCCGCAGGCAGAAGCUGGUCCUGGAGGACCUCCAGACCGCCACACGGUACCAGGUGAUGGUCCAGGCCAUCAACGGAGAGGGGCCAGGGCCCUCCUCCCCCCAGCUGGUCUGCUCCACCCUGCAGGACGAGCAGCCAGGAGCAGUGGGCAGCCCUCAGCAGAACCCAGGGGUCAAGUCCGAGUGCUCCCCCAGGCUCUGGCCAUGGACGUGGGCAGGAGAGCAACCUGUUCUGCAUGUGUUAGGGGUUCUUUGA